UCCUUCUAGCAUCACUCUGGAAGAGAUGGUCGACAAGCAGGCAUUCGCCACUGAUGUGGCGAAGCGUGUGGUCAACCUUGCACAAAAGCAGAUCAAGUUGGAUGAGCAGGAACAUGAGAAGGCCCAGGGUGACACUGCGGAUACGACGCAACUAGAAACCAGACGCACCAGUAUUAAGAAUUUCGAAGACUUAGUUGGGGAUGAAGACAUAACAAAACAAGCAGUGCACCUAGCUAAAUUAGAAAUGGUGGCGGUUUCAAUCGGUAGUGAUGGUGAUGGGGACAGUGCGGGUGGCGGUGGCAAAGGCAAAGGGAAGGCAAAGAAAGGGAAGAAGGGGAAGAAGUCUAACGGCACGCUGGAUGAGAUGGUGAAAAGGUCACUGUUCGCAGCAGGAAUUGCCAAAAACGUCAUCAAACUUGCUCAAAUGCAAGUCUCCUCCAAUGAAACAGGGACACAACUUCUUCAAGAUACAAGUAAUCAGGAAUCAGAUGAGGGAGUUAGUCCUCAGGAGGAGUCUGUCAUAUCCGACAUCUUGAGUGGAAUCAGGACGCUUAAGAGGCGCAAACAGGUCAAAGUAGAGUUUGAUACAAGCUGGGAUAAGAACGGGAACUUAGCCCCACUUUCGGACGAUAGGGAGAGAAAACAUAGCAAGGAAGAGCGAACUAUAAUCGUGCCAACUGUUGACAAUAGAUACAUGAAAAGCAGGGGACUAGAUCUUACUGAACAGUCUGUCGAAUUGAAAUUCCGACCAAGCUUAAAAGAGUUGACACCGGAGUCUGAUUACUCAGGGGAGUACGAUGCGGCGCCGAUGGAGAUUGAAACAAGAGCUUACUCGACAUCAAGGCGAAAGAGUAUCGUGGACGAAAUACCAGAUUCUGUUCAGUAUCAAAUCUAUCGGCGGAUUUCAUUACAGGAUCCAACCUUCGCCGCCACAUUAAGAGAACUGAGAGAAAGUGCAUCAAGCGAUAAUGACUCCGACAACAAGGACGAUAUUGAUAGAAUCAUAGAUCUAUUGCCUCAUGUUGAUCUGCGGAUGAUUCACCGAAAGUAUUUUCAUCAGCAGGACCAGGUCGUGCCGACCAUGAGACCAGUCCAUAGCCAUACCUUACGCUUGGAUGGGACAUACAAUGAAGAGGAAGAAAUGGAGACUGAGGAUGUCAGUUUAGAUGAGGAAAAGGCCGACGAAAUCUCAAGGUUGGUGUAUAACCUCUGCCGACGAUACUCUCUGCACGAGGUUGAGAACUUGCAGCUGUACAAGCGUAUGUCCAUUAUCCCCGGGGCGUCCCCGUUGUCUUUGGAAAUCACGCCUGACAUGGCAUGCUUCACAGCUCACCCCGAUACAGACGAAGAGGACUUUGCUAGACCAGAACAGGAAGAAUCUUCAAUUUCGAUGACAUUAGACCCAACUCCCACUGUCAUAUUACCAGCGCAGAAUAUUGAAACCCAGUUUGGCGACAGCGAAAAUCGGUACAGAACGUUUCUGCUUGAAUCAGACCCGGGGCAGGUCGCCGCCGAGACGGGUUUUGCCGUAACAGGGGAGGUGGAAUACAAAGCAGUAGACCCAGGGGCUGGAGGGGUAACAUUGCUCAGCCAACAAACAGAGACUAUUGAGUUCCAGUCGCAAAGCGCCCCGGCUGAUGCUCCAGGCGACUCCAAAUUGAAAUAUUCUGCAACCGGUGCAGGAAGCGGUGAGGAAACCGUGAAGCCUAUUCAACAAAUGGAGAUACUCGACUUCCAGUUGGAAAGCGCCCCGGCUGAUGUUGAAGGUGACAUCAAAUUGCGAUAUUCUGCAAUCGAUGCAGGAAGUGGUGAUGAAACCAUGGAGCCUAUUCAACAAACGAGGACGCUUGAGUUCCAGUCGGAAAGCGCCCCGGCUGAUGCUCAAGGCGACACCAAAUUGAAAUAUUCUGCAAUCGGUGCAGGAAGUGGUGAGGAAACCGUGAAGCCUAUUCAACAAAUGGAGAUACUCGACUUCCAGUUGGAAAGCGCCCCGGCUGAUGUUGAAGGUGACAUCAAAUUGCGAUAUUCUGCAAUCGAUGCAGGAAGUGGUGAUGAAACCAUGAAGCCCAUUCAACAAACGGAGAUACUCGAUUUCCAGUUAGAAAGCGCCCCGGCUGAUGUUGAAGGUGAUAUCAAAUUGGGAUAUUCUGCAACCGAUGCAGGAAGUGGUGAUGAAACCAUGAAGCCUAUUCAACAAACGAGGACGUUUGAGUUCCAGUCGGAAAGCGCCCCGGCUGAUGUUGAAGGUGACACUUUCAACAGCACGAUAAAAUACCCCGCAAUCGACCCAGGAACUGGUGAUGAAACUAUGAAACCUAAUCAACAAAUAGAGACUAUACCUUAUUGCUUUGAAGAUGCCCAAGUCGUCUCUGAAGGGGAUUCUUUAGACCACAGAGUAAAAUAUCCUUCAAUUGACCCAGGAACUGGUGAUGAGAGUGAUGAGACCAUGAAAUCUCAUCAAGAAGUUGUAACAGAACCGUAUGGUUUCGAAUGUGUUCAGGAGAUGUCUGAAAAGGACGUUAUGUUGAAGCAGCCAAAGCAAUUCAAAGCUGUAGAGCCUGGCAUUGGUGCUGAGAUGGCCAUUGACCAGGACUUGGAGACAUUAAAAUACGAAGUUGAUAGCACUCAAAUCGAUACCUCGGGAGACACAUUAACCCAGCUGGUACCGGAACAAUCACAGGGAGGUCAUGAACCGUCCCCAGCAAGAAGUGAUGACGACUUUGUCUUUGUUCACCAAAACGCCGAUCAACAAGUUCCAAUUGCACACAGUUCAAGUGGCAGCUCUGGAGACGCAGAUUUCGUAAUGGUUCCUGAAGCUGAGGAAAGAAGAAACCAACAGAAAAAGGAGACCUAUCUCUCGCAAAGUUUAUCAGAUGAACAGAUGAUAGUAGAACCUCAAAUGGAACUCGCAGAGGGUGAGUUGCAGGAGGCACCACCAUUGGAAUUAGUGGCCAUGGAUGAGAAAUCGUUAGAAGUGCCAGAAGCAUCAGAGAGGAUCAACCAGACACUUCCUCCGCAGGGAGCUUCACUGGAACAGACAUCAGUGGCAGAACCUGUAACUGAGUUUAUACAAGGUGACAGUGAACUUCCACCCGCGCUAUUAGACCAAGGUGUCGUGGAGUUGUUCUUGCCUGACGCUGACUCUCAUCGUGUCAUCGAUGAGGCCAGCAUCGCAGAUGUUCCUAACAGUGAGGGCACGCAUGAAGAUGCAGAUGUAGAUGAAUAUAUAGAGGUAGGGGAAAAAACAACUUUCAGUUCUGAGUCCAGCAUUGAAUUUGAGUUUGAAGACGCUCCUGAAAGUGAAAGUGACUUUGAAAGAAAUGUAAUGGACGAGGAGGGGCCAGUAGAACAGACAGUUAGCGAUGUGGUUAGCCAGCUUCCCAAAGAGUUCACAGAGGUUGACCAAAAUCUGUCAGGAGAAUCUAUCAAUUCCAAGAGUCCGCCGGCAACAAUUGAAACACGACGCCUGGAGGUUGACACCACUGAAUUAACUCCGCAGAAAGAGCGUGCAGAGGAGGACGUUGGGCCUCCGAGAAAGAAGCUGGCAACAGCUGAUUUGCGUGAGCAUAGCCCCGAGGCCGAGGAUGCGGCUGAACGUGGUCUUCAAGUACAAAUGGCAACAACUGAAGAGACUAUCGGUGUCCCUGCUCAAAGUACAGUUGAAUUCAUUGCUCCCGAGUUGAACCAGGGCGUUGAAGAUGGUAAAUGUAUGGACAAAUUAAUCACAGAUUUGCAUGAUGACACAGCCGAUGACGGAAAUGUUGCUGCCUUGACAACAGACAUGGAUACAGAAACUGAUAUUCAAGAGCAAAGUCCAGCGGCAGAUGUCGUAGCAUGUCAAGUCGAUAACUCACUUGAAUUGAGUCCCCUGGAGAUGGGUCACACAGUCGAAGAAGGUGGCGCAGUGGCAGCUAAGCAGCCAGAGUUAACUGCAGAUAUUGAGGGUGGUCACCAACUAGGCGUUCGAUUACCGACAAAUCUGGAUGAUGAGGGAUUGGUAGAACAGGCAGUAGGCGAUGUUGCUAGCCAGCAACAUCUAGAGUUCAUUGGGGCAGAACCAGAUCUAUCCGAACAGGCGAUCGAAUUGACCAGUCCAGCGAUAGAAAUUGAAACACGACGCCAAGAGGUUGACACCAUUGAAAUGAUUCCGCAGGAAAAGUGUGCAGGGGAGUACAUUGGGCUUCCAGAGACCAAGCAGGCAACGGAUGAUUUGCUUGAACGCGGCCCUGGGACAGAGGAGGCAACAGAACGAAGUCUUCAAGUACAGACAGCAGCAACUGAAGAUACUAUCGGUGUCCCUAUCCAAAGUACAGUUGAAUUCAUUCCUCCAGAGUUGAACCAUAACAUUGAAGAUGGUAAGAGUCUAGACAAACUUGUCACAGAUUUGGAUGAAGACGUUGAUACCUUGACCCCAGACCUCAAUGCAGAAACUGGCAUUCAUGAGACAAGUCCAGCAGCAGAUGUUGUAGCAUCCCCAAUCGUGAACACACUUGAACUGGGACCCCAGGAGGUUAGUUGCACAGUCGAAGAAGGUGGUAAAAUUGAAGUUACGCAGCCAAAAUUAACUACCGAUUUAGAUGCAGAUACUACAGGUGAAGUUGGAUUGACUACGGACUCAGAUGAGGAUUUUCCUGAACAAGAUCCAGCAGAUCCAAAGAUGGUUACGGCCCCAGGUGAAAGCACGAUUGAACUAGUCCCUUUCGGUCUCAAGCAGGCCCUUGAUGAAGAUGGCAGAUUGCAAGACAAAUUGGUCACAGACUUAGAUUCAGAUAUUUCAGAAGAUGUUGAUGAUGAAGAUGGGAGAAUCCUAAGAACAGACCGAGAUGAGGCGUCAGACAUCCAAGAACAAGGUCCUGGAGCCAUGGAAGGUGCCAGCCCGAACAUUUCAACUACCAUUCAAAUCAUUUCCCCAGAACCCGAUGGUGUUAGUAAAUUGAUCGAUGAGCCACUUGGUGGUACCAAAAAAAUGGUAACUGAUUUAGAUGAUGAUACCGAUGGCGAUGUGAUAGGAUUGUUGAACCCAGUCCUUUCCAAGUCUACGGAAACUUUGACCACUGACCUCGAUGCAGAUUCUUCGGAUGAUGACGAUUACGCAUUACCCUCUGAGGAGUCAAUACUCAUGUCGCAAGAUGCUGGUAACGAACAGCAUAUCAUCCGAAGUUUAGAGGUCCAUAAAUACACGUCUGAAGAAGCUGUUUGCGUUCCAGAUGUGGUUGGAACAGUAUUGGAGGUCCGAACCAUGGCAACAGGCCCAGUGACUGAGGAGCAGGUCUCAAAGGAAACUGUCAGAAUAUCAGAGGCAGAAGUUAUUACCGUUGCAACGACCACAACAGUUACUGAAGCUACCAGUGCUUCUAUCACAUAUGAGGGCGAAAACAUUCCCGAUGCUUUGAACUCUGUUCUCGAAGUACCGUUCCUUGAUGAAGGUCCUGAUACGAUCGACCUCAUAGAUCAGACAGUGGCAACGCAGGAGGAAAGCUGUGACCCUGUACUUUCAGACGAGUCAUUAUCUCCAGAUUUUGUCUGCCAAUGUCCGUUCACUGAGGCUGCUGCCUCAUCUCCAUUUGGAACCCCUCUCACGACCAUCUUCUUUCGGACCCACUACACGAACCAUCGAGAGGGCGAAUGUGUGGCAUUGGCAUGGAACAGGGAAGGUUCGAAAGAGACAGAGCUAUGCCAAUCAUGCAUGGGGGAGGAAAUUCCAACUAAAUCAGGUUUUUGGUAUAUGUUCAGCCGCUUACCUGCAGGAUCCAAGAUCAAGUGGAAGUUAGUCCUCUUUAACACUGACACUGGUUCACUAAUCAGAUGUGAGGAACGCCCGAAUAGGACACUCGUAGUACCAAACGUGUAUACAUUAAUUGAUGCACUUUGGGCCUUUGAUGAUACCCAAAUUGAUGUCCAUGACUGUGACAGGCAGUUAGAGUCUAUUCCAUUUUCUUACGAUGUCCUGAGAGAAUUUUCAGAUUCCAGUGAAGAAGGACCCAUAAAACUAGAAUCCAUAUGCGAGGAAAAAGAGGAAUUAAACGUAGAACGUCAGGACUCCUCUGCUAACUUUGACUCUAUUGAAGCAUACAGUGAAUCUCUAGAAGAAGACAUCAUGAGUGAUGCUACAUUCCUUGCAGAGCAGCUGAGCCAGUUCAUACCAGGUGCCUCAGGCGAGCUUCAGGAAGUUGAGGAAGAAAUAGAUCUGACAGAAAAUCAAGUGGCCGAGUCAAUGCCACUCGCUUUAGAUGGAGAGGAACAAGACGACAGAAUCAGUGCACCCACAGGAGUUACUCAGAUACCCUCAGAUACAAUAGCAACAGUAAUCGCAAGUGAUGGUGCUCUUGUUCCCCAUAUGACAGAUGUUUUCUUCCGGACACACUAUCUGGUUCAUUCCGAUGAUGAAUACGUCGCUGUGAUUGGCGACUCGGAGUAUCUUGGUAACUGGAAUGUCCACACAAGCAUCGGAGAGGAGCUACCCAAGGGAUCCGGCUUCUGGUAUGUUUACUGCAAGCUGCCAGCAGGGUUGAAAAUCAACUGGAAACUGAUCGUUUUUGACCGACGCCAAGGGCACUUCUUGCGAUUUGAGGAAAGACCGAAUAGGCACCUGCUCAUCCCAUCUAAACCAAUCAUGGUCGAUGUCUUAUGGGCGUACUAUGGUGAGACCCCAAUCGAAGUCCAUCCUGAAGAAAAUGACCUAGAAAGCAUUCCAUUUUCAUUUGAAGUCGAUGUUCCAGAGGCCUAUCGAGACCGACGUAUGGCGUUGUUUGGAAAGGCAUUGAAUUUCCCUGCAAAAGCCCUGAAAUAUGACAGCAUGCGAGUUGCUCAACCUGAUGAGAUUGUCCCAGAACAGCUAGCCGCUUUGGCCAAGGAGGUCCUAUCAGAUGACGUUGUUAGAGAGGAGCCCACUGGUGAAGAUAAAGGCGAAGACGUUGCUAGACCAACGAGGCGUGUCUCUCGCAUUCAUAAAGCACCUUUCGAUAUUCAGUUAGCCCUCGUUCCCUACAUGACUGAUGUUUUCAUAAGGACCCAUUAUCUGGUUCAUUCCGAUGACGAGUAUGUUGCAGUCAUUGGUGACUCUGACUUUCUCGGCAACUGGAAAAUCCACACAAGUUUCGGAGAAGAGUUGCCCAAAGGAUCAGGGUUUUGGUAUGUCUACUGUAAGCUUCCAGCAGGACUGGGAAUAAACUGGAAGCUCAUCGUAUUCAACCGUCGAGAGGGACGCUUCCUCCGAUUCGAAGAGAGACCAAAUAGGGCAUUAGUCGUUCCUUCUCACCCAAUAAUGAUUGAUGCGUUGUGGGCUUUCGGUCAAACUCCUAUUGAAGUCCACCCUGAUGAAACUGAGUUGGAGAGCAUUCCUUUUUCGUAUCCUGUGAAGGUCCCAGAAGCCUACAGGAAGAGACGUGCUGCGUUUGCUGGCGUUGCCACAAAUCUACCGCCAAUUGCUCUGAAAUAUGAAAGCCUGAAAGUCCUUAUCGAUACUGGACCUAUACCCGAUAAUCUGGGGGCCUUGGCUAAAGAGGUACUCUCAGAGGACAGCAAUAAAGAAAAUGUGGAUGGAACAUCCCAUGAACCGGACAACAAAUCUGUUCGUGAAAGACGGGUCUCCAUUGUCCAUGACAUCACGCUCGGCUUUGAAAGACAGAUUGACAUACUGAAUGAACCUAAUGACAAAGAAAUCGAAGAGAUGGAUACGGAUGCAACAGUGCAGGCAAAGCAACAGGGGUUAGAACUACCAGAAACCAAAGCUUGCACUGAAUCGAUUUUAGCCUUCAGCCAGACAUUGCAAGAUGUCAUCACGACAGAUGCUGAAGCAUUUAUGGAGAAUCUUCGACAGACACCAUCUGAUGCAGUUGAAACCCCUAGAGAUGUUGAGGAACAAAGUGAGAUGGCAGAACAGCAAGUGGAACAGUCAAUCCCAUCAUUAUUAGAAGAGAAUGGCAAAGAAAUCGGUGAUAGCUUGGCACAAACGGCCUCCGAGGCAGAUGCUACAGAUACUAACUACGGUGCUCUUGUUCCCUACAUGACUGAUGUCUUCUUCCGCACCCACCACCUGGUCAAUUCUAAUGACGAAUACGUGGCAGUUAUUGGAGAUUCAAAAUACCUCGGCAACUGGGAAGUCCAUACACGAAUUGGAGAGGAACUUCCAAAAGGUUCGGGAUUCUGGUAUGUCUACUGUAGACUACCAGCAGGGUUGAAGAUAAACUGGAAAUUGAUUGUCUUUGACCGAAAGCAGGGACGGUUCCUACACUUCGAGGAACGUCCAAACAGGAAACUGGUCAUUCCAUCCCAUCCAAUAAUGGUUGAUGUGCUGUGGGGUUAUGGUCAAACACCUAUUGAAGUCCAUCCUGAUGAAAUCAAACUAGAAUGCAUCCCAUUUUCAUAUGUGGUAGAUGUCCCCGAGGACUACAGGAACAGGCGCAUAGAACUGUUCGGAGAUUCACUGAAUAUCCCAGCCAUUGCUCUCAAGUACGAAAGUCUACGAGUAGCUCACGAGGAUGAAGAGGUUCCAGCUGCCCUUGCAAAGGAGGUGCUUUCAGACGAUGUUCCCACAGAAGAAUGCCCUGAUGCUAACCAGACCUCGGACGAGCAAGUUCCAGUCAGACCUGUUACACUUGUUCAUGAAGCGCCAUUUGAGAUCAAAGGUGCUCUUGUUCCCUAUAUGACUGAUGUAUUCUUCCGCACCCAUCGUCUUGUUGAUGCCGAUUACGAACAUGUUGCAGUUAUUGGUGAAGCUGAAUUGCUUGGGGAUCGGAAAGUCCACACAAGCAUUGGAGAAGAACUCCCAAAGGGGUCCGGUUUCUGGUAUGUCUACUGUAAACUGCCGGCUGGAUCCAAGCUCAACUGGAAACUCAUAGUAUUCGACCCGGGACAGGGCCGCUUUCUUCAUUUCGAGGAUAGACCAAACAGAAAGCUAACCGUUCCAUGCCAUCCUAUCAUGGUUGACGCAUUGUGGAGUUACGGUCAGACACCAAUAGAGGUUUAUCCUGACGAGAAAGAACUAGAAAGCAUUCCAUUUUCAUACAUUGUCGAUGUUCCAGAGGCCUAUAGGAACAGGCGUGCUGCGUCUUUCGCAGAUGCCCUGGAUAGCCCCGCCAUAGCUCUGAAAUUUGAGAGUCUUAGGGUUUCUCAUGAUGAGGAGGAUAUGCCUGAGAAUUUAGCUGCCUUGGCUGAAGAAGUACUUGAAGGUGAUGUGGGUGGAGAAGACGGUGCUGAUUAUUCUGAAAUGUUGGGUGAGCCUGUACCAGACAGGCGGGUUUCUAUAGCGCAAGAUGUGCCAUUUGAAAUCCAAGGUGCCCUGGUACCUUACAUGACAGAUGUAUUUUUCCGGACGCAUUACCUUGUCAACUCAGAUGAUGAACAGAUUGCAGUAAUAGGUGACUCCGAGUUUCUUGGUAACUGGAAGGUUCACACAGGCAUAGGCGAGGAACUUCCCAAAGGAUCAGGCUUCUGGUACGUUUACUGCAAACUGCCAGCAGGGCUGGAGAUCAACUGGAAACUGAUUGUGUUUGACCGACGCCAAAGGCUCUUCCUGAGAUUUGAAGAGAGGCCAAAUAGAAAGUUGACCAUCCCUUCUAAUCCACUCAUGGUUGAUGCUUUGUGGGCAUACGGCCAAACACCAAUAAAUGUUCAUCCAGAUGAGAAAGAACUCGAGAGCAUUCCAUUUUCUUAUUCGGUUAACGUUCCUGAGGCAUACAGGAAGAGACGCCGUGAACUGUACGCAGAUGAAGAACCGAACACUGCAAUAGCUUUGAAAUAUGAAAGUCUGAAACUAGAUCAUGGCGAUGAAGAGAUUCCUGGAAACCUUGAAGCCCUCGCCAAAGAAGUCCUAUCAACAGAGGAUAAAACCAGUCCUGCUGAAGUGGCUACACAGGAAAUUAGCCCGCCAGUUAUAUUAACAGUACCAGAACGUCGUGUGUCACUGAUAAACCAAGUACCAUUCAGGUUGGGAGAAACUACAAAUCCGUGUGUUGAUGAAGAAGCCCAAAAAUAUAUGACCCUGGCAGAUAACGGGUCUGAAAGAUUUGCAGAGGUUCUGUCUCCUGAAGAGGUCGAACCCUGUCAUCCUUCACCCCCACAAAUGAUUGUGGAUCCUACGGCAAAUAUCAUCAUCACCACACAGCAGAAACACGAAGAAGUGGCAGCAACAAGAUUAGACACCGUUCCAUUCGAACAAGGUAUGGCUUUUGAAACAUCUGGUGAUGUCAUUCAGAAUGCCUCGCAGACUCCCAAUAUUGGCGAACAUGUUGAAAUGGAAUUACAGGCAGCUCUUUCUCAUGAGAUUACCACAGUCGAGAAGACUGCUGUUGACUACACUAAUACAGAUCUUACACCACAGGAUCCUAUGAAAACUGUUUACAUAUCGCGCCAAGAGGACGUGGAACUUGAGGAGCCCAUGACUGCAGCUGAGUUGAAGAAGGACCAUACGGUGCCCACCCCGAAGGAGUAUAGAGUCGUAGAGGCGCCUGCUCCAGGACACCAGGAACUCAUAGAAUCUUUUAAUGAUUCCUCUGGUAGUGGCCUUCAGGUCAAUAUCCAGCCAAUUGAUGUCUUUGAAGAGCAGAGAGAGUGCGUAUCCCAAACGACAGAGAAGACUAUUAUUUCAGAAGGGUUGGGGCCAAUUGAGCAGUUGACAGAAAUGGUGACUGGGAUUACACUGAUUACGGAACUACAAAGUGCACAGACUUCGGAGGAGGUUGUUUCUAUAGAUCCAGAAUCAACUGAAACGGCUGACGUCCUCAUUAUUGAGGAACCACGGAGAAAGAUAUCAAGUACGGAGCCACGGCAACUAGUUGCAGUAGAUCUUCAGCAAGAGAGUUGCCAAGGAAUUGAGGAAAGUAUCGUCAUGGAAAGUGCUGAGUCACAAGAAGCAGGCGUGCCUUUCUCUGUUCAUCCCGACACAGAACACAGCGUAGCAAUAUCAGAAACUAGUUUAAUGACAGAAGGGACAACCGAAAACAUGGUAUCUAUUGCUGACAUGCAAACUGAAGUCCCAGGGAGAACAAUGGACUCGUAUCAUGGAGUAGCAAUACAGGAAUCAGCCUUACCUUCAGAAGGGGUACAGCCAUACGAUGUUGACAAUGUCCAAAGUAUUGGCGAUGUUCCUCAAGUAACACUUCAAACAACUGAAAUCCAGAUUGUUGUUGGCUCUGAGGAAGUUGGCCCAAUGGAACCUGAACAUGCUUUGAAUGUUACGGAAGAAAAAGCUCUUGCAAUUGAAAGAAAGGUCUCAAUCACAGCUCCAAGGCCGACAAUGGAGAUCGACCCAGUCUCCCAUGAAGUUACAGAAAUGGAAAUAUCCAAUAUCGGAGUCUCGGAGAUCCAAGACAUUGGCUAUAGUGUCGAAGGUACUACUGGUCAUAUUGUAGCUUUGUCUGAAAAAUCCGAGGGAGCAGAAGAAACAGUUCCAUUAGAAGUAGAGCUUACCCUGAAUCUGGAAGGGGUCGAAUUAGCCACACAAGUUGAAGAAAAGAUAUCUGUCACAGCUCAAAGGCCACUUGCAGAGAUUGAUCCUGUGUCCCAUGAUGUGACCGAGUUCGACACAGCCCAUAUGGAAACCCCUGAGGUCCAAGUUAUUGCCUAUGAUACAGUCCCUAUGGAAGGACAAGUUGUGGCUUUGACAGAAAAGGCUAUUGGUGUCGAAGCGGCCGUCCCAUACGAUGCAGAUCAUGUUGAGAGGCUGGGCGAUGUUCCUGAAGUUACACUACAAACAACUGAAAUUCAGGUUGUUGUCGGGAGCGAGGAAGUUGACCCAAUGGACCCUGAACAGGCUUUGAAUGUUCCUGAAGAAAAAGGUUUUGUUGUUGAGAGAAAGAUUUCAGUCACAUCCCCAAGGCCACUUACGGAGAUUGACUUGUUAAGUCACGAUGAUCGGGGGACUGAAGCAGGACAGAUUCCCGAGAUUGAGUCAGAAAUCGCUGGGUACAGGAUGGAAGUAUUUGCAGAACAUACGGCCGCUUUGCAGGAGGCGACCGUACCGACAGAAGGAAUGUCCGAGGAUACACAGCACGUCAGCGAAUUGGAGAUUCCGCCUACCAUUUCGAUACAGAUGACUGAGCGCGAAGCAGCUGUCGUCAUGGACUCGAGAGCAACGGAAGGGGUGUCAGAAUUGAUGGAAGAAGCAACUAUGGAGAUCGCGAAUGUAAAUGAGGAACCUUGUACUGCUAUUGAAGGUGCUGGUGGUCGGGACAGGCCCAUAACAGAAAUCAUGGCAGUCGAAUCAGACACACAGCGUGAAGUCACUUCGACUUUCACUGGUGAGCUUCAUACCGAAGAGGUGGUCAUCAACAUUCAGUCUACAGGCGAAAAUGUCGUAAUUCUACAAGAAGAGAUUAACAUUCCAGAGGAAAGUUCUCUAGCAGCCGAACCAGUAGAAGUACACAAAAGUAUAGGAGAAGUUAUCAUAGAUCCUGAGAAUACUGCACUUAAUGUGAAGAACGUUACUGUUGUUGAGAAGGCACCAUUCAUACAGGUCGAACUCGCGGUAACUGCACCAGAGUCAACGAUCGAAGUCACUACACAACAGGAAAAUACUGUGAAAAAGAGGCCCAUAAGUCAAGCCGAGUUGCAGUUGGAAAUCUCCGAGCAGAGUAGUACAGAGGACAUCUGUGUUACUCCGCUCGGGAGAGCAACCCAAGAAGAGAUGGGUGAACAGCAGCAAACAAUCACAACGGAAAUCGCAAUGCCAGUUGAGACGGUACAUGAAUCAAGUCAAAUAAAGAUGGAGCUGUCACAGGCGACGAUGGAAGUUGAAGGUAUAGAGGGACAGCUCACUGCAAUAACGCAAAAGACCAUCCCUGAGGAAGAUGUUGCAGUAGACUCGCCGGACUUAGACUCUGUGGCUCUGAUUUCUGAUUAUGCCACCAUUGAAAUGCAGCAAAGAGUGACCAAGGAAAUAGCGGUUGUGGAGAAGACGGUGUUUGCGGAGAAUGCAGCAGGUCUACCAGAUGAUAUGAAGGAAGGCAACAUUAGUGAGCUGAAUACGAUUAUCAGGACAUACAUGUCAGGAUUAGAUGCAGACGAUCGUUUAGGGGUUACUGGAGAUCUGCCAGAGCUAGGGAACUGGAAGACCAUCAAACACUUUGCCGUAGAGAACCCACCUGGAUCUGGUCUUUGGUACAUCCACUUGAGUCUUCCUCGAGGUGUGUCGUUCUGGUGGAAAUUAGUCCAGGGCUCCCCUGAUGGGUCAGAGAUAAGGAAAUGGGAGGACCGUGCAGAUAGACAGUACAUCGUCCCGAAAACUGGCGACAGCUUGAUAGACGUGCUCUGGUCAUCUGAGGAGAAAGUCAUAGCUCUGUCAGAUGUAACAACCGAGAUGACAGAGAUUCCAUUUGAUUACGGAGAAGUGAGAAUCAACACGGACAAUGGGAUUGUAGGUGUGACAAAGGUUGAUGGCUUGAUGAAUGGUGUCGAAUCAAAAGUGGAUACUUCAGUUCCCAGUUUUGAGUACAGGCUUCCCGAACCCAAUGAGGAUGUCAAUGUUAACGUAAGAGUCGAUGUCAAACAACCGCUACCUCGUGAUUACUCAUGGGAAUAUGGUAGUGAAGCAAGCAUGCAAACGGCACACGAGUCUGUCGAAGAUUUCGAUGACGAACGUGGGGAAACCAAGAAUAAACUAGGAAAUAACGAAACCACCUUAGAUUUUGAUAAUGAGGUAACAGCUGAAGUCCGGGAAAGGGAAUUGCUAUGGGUGUUGAAGUCGCAAUCGGAGAUCCAGGUAUGUAUUGGACCAAGGAGAGGGCGAGAUGGAGAUGGCCAGGCGUCAGUUCAGUCGACUCAGAAUGUCCAAACCAAUGGGAGGACAACAAACGGUGUAGCUAGCGCAAUUGAACGAUUUACUGGCGUACAAGAUUUAGAACCAGGAGAAUUAGAGGAUUUAGCGGCAGAUAGAACUUCCACACGCACAUGGUUCAGAACGCAUCGCUUCGUUGGUGAGGGCCUCUGCGUCGGUGUAACGGGGAGUUUACAAGAACUCGGUGCAUGGGAUCCCUCAGCGGCUGUCUUGGGCGUGGAACAUCCAGUCGGGUCAGGAUUUUGGUAUAUUGACUCUAGUAUUCGAGUAGGUGAAGAAUUCAAAUGGAAAUUAGCGUUAAUCGACCGAAGGACCAAAGUUGUUAAAGAAGAAGAGGAUCGAGACCGAAGGGAACAUUGUAUAACUUCGCGGCCAGUUCUGAUCGAUACAAUCUGGAACGGCAUAGACAGAGUGAAUCUGGUCGAAGAUGUUGCAGAUGAAUCGGACCUCGAAAAAAUUCCACCGCUUUCCGAAGACACGAACCUAUACAAAAAAAAAAUUAAACAUAUUCACGAACAGUUAUCUAAAUAUCAUCUAUGUAUAGACAUUGAACGAGUUUCUGAAGGAACUGGGGACCAGGAUAUCAAUGAGGAAGAGAAAGAAGGUCCCGAGCUGCCAUAUAGCGAGUUUAGUCGUGGUAUCCAUGUUUCAUCAUCCGAAUGUGAUUUCGAGAUAAGUCCAGCCGGUCAAGUUGGUUUGGUCAAGGAUGCAGUGGUACCUCCCGAAGAGGAUCGGCAAAUGAAUGAAAUGAGUAGAAAAGCUGCCUCUCGUCUUAAUGCCUCUGAUACAGCUUUGGAAUUGUCGGCCAGUGGCAGGCAACACAGCUUCCCUCCAACACACAAGCUCAACCCUCCAUUUUGUAGUCAGCUAGUCCAAGUAACCCCACAUUCCCCGUCUCUCAUACUUUCUGUAACCUCUGAGAGGCUGCGAGAUGAAACAGUCUGCAAGUCAUUGGAUGUUUGCUUCAUAGACUAUGAGCAGUGUCCCGGGGCUAUUUCGCCAUCUAGCGUUACUCGCAACGAUCUAGAUGAGGAAAAAGACCUUCCUUAUUAUGAUGGAUCCUACUUGGAGUACGAUAGCGGGAAACCCUCGGAGAGUUACGAUCUUGAGCACAGUGAAGCCUAUGUCAUGGACUACGAAAGCCAGAAACCCACGCCGUUUCGUAAAUACGCCAGUGAUGCUGAUGUCCGAAGAGAGAACACUUGCAGCAGCUACUCACUGUCGUUACCUGAUGCAGAGACACGCGAACACUCUAGCCUAUCCUCACAAUCACUCAUGGUCACCUUCGACGACAAUGGACGAUUACUGUCGUGUUCUGACAUAAACUACUCAGAGGAAAGUGUGUGUUUUGUAUCGUAUGAAGUCCAUAAAAUGAACGUUCUGAACAGGUUAGCCGACAACGACAAGGCUUCAUCGUGUCCUUUGAUCUAUGAAAUAGGUGAUGAAUUUGGCCUUGCAAAAACUGCAGUUAGGCGAAAUGAAAGUCGCAAUGAAGAAGAGUUGUCAGAACCUUGUCGGAAUAGAGUAGGUGAUCAACAAGCACCGAAUGUUGAAGAUGCACGAGUCUGCGUUGGCAAACGUGGUUGGAGCAGUUCGAGUGACGAUGUCUUUUACGAUAGGUAUCCAGGAGAGUUUUCUCGCGAAUAUUCUAAUUCGACGGCAACGUCUGUCACAAUUGAACCUGAAGCAGAUAUGACAAGAAAUGAAGAAAUCUGUUUUAUUUCGUAUAGUGAUAGCGAUAACCUGGAAUCGGUGGGGAGCAUAUCGGGGGAGAUAGGGAAGGAACGACACGAAAAUGGCGCGGUUGUAGAGGUCCGCUUUCUGCAUGAGACUCAAGACUUGGAACUAGAUUCCACACUUGAUGGGACGGGAACUCUUGACCGCGGGUAUUCAACAGCAAAGAAAACUAUGGAGUAUGGCCAAGGGGAGAGUGUAUUCGUUAUAACUUAUGCUGACCAGAACAAAGAGAAGGACACAGAAGUUGCCAUAACAGGACCAUCGAAGUCUGGCCAAGAUAGGAAACGGGCUUAUAACUUGGCAGAUAGUAAAGAUGGGGAAGAGAUCUGCUUCAUCACUUAUGAGAAAGAUCUGAAGAACUCUGUCUCAAAGCUUCAAACAAAUAAAGGCACUGUUAACAAAGAGGACGAUGUGUGUUUCAUAAAUAUUGAGGAAGACUUGAAAUAUUCUCGGUCAAAGCUUCAGACAAAUGAAAGUAAUGCAAAUAAAGAGAAGGUGGAUUGUAUCAUAAGCUAUGCGGAACAGACAACAAAGUUUUCGGAUGAUAAAGAGCAAUCGCACGAUCCUGACUGCGAAAGAAAAUCUAGCAAAGACUUGAAGAAUGAAACAAAUGAGGCAUUGACAUUGUUGUCGACUGGAUUUCUUGGUGAUGAUUACAACAGGAAUACCAAGGGAGCAGGGGACACCAAGGUCUAUUUCAUUUCAUAUGAUGACGAACAAAAUGAACAAAAGUCAGAUACUAGUAUGGUAUCCGGAGAUGGGAAUAGUGAUAAAUGAGGGAACUCUUUCAAACCGAAAAAAAUUUCAGAUUUUCAGGCACAGGAUGAAGGUGACAGUGAGCUUUCCCAGUUGGUAUUCACCGAGGUCAAGCUGGCCUCUGGUCUUCAAGGCAUCGGCGAAGGAGCUAGGACGCAAUUCGAUUUCGCUUCUCAUGACAGUGAGAAGAUUUCGUAUAAAUCAAAACUUGACAUUUACACGGAAACUGAGACAGUUACACGCUACUUACAAAUUUAAAAACCUCGCAAAGCUACCGAGAAAAUGGCUUCAAGUUCAUCUCCAUUUGAACACCUCCGUGUAAUAGAAGGCAUCUUGUUCGUAACGAAGCACAAUUGUAACUACCUGAAGGUGUGUGGUAGGUUUGAAAAUGAUAUUCUAACACGCCUCGAUUAUAGUGAAGCAUUGAUAUAUAGGCCUAAGCAUGUCAGCGCCUCGUUUUCGAAAUUAGCGUUGUGGAUUUUUGUACACAAAUACCAGUGCACAAACAUGCACCCAUUAAAUUGUAGAUAAUUAGUAGUAAAACAAUCAGGCUGGCAUAACAGUAUUCGAAAUUCGGAUAAAGCAAUUAGUUCAGGUAAAAAUCGUAAUUUAAAGCUAAAAUAAAAUAGAAUUAAACGAUUGCCUCCGACGUACAUGUUGAUUUUGACGUCGUAAAGAUUGAUGGCAAAUAUGUAGGUUGUACGCGUACUUUAAGUUUCCAUUUAAGUUAUAAACCAAUAGUCAUUUAAAAAAUCGUGCAUAGUGUUGGUGACGCCAUCACACAUAAGUGCAAGUGACGUCACGCUAAACGCAUUUUAUUUGAGCGUUAGAUUAUUUUUUGUAAAUGAGAGCUUAGGAAAGAUGUUGUUUGUAUCUUGUAGAAAAGCAUGUUAAACACGAGAGACUUUGAAAGUUUAUAAAAACUUCCAUGAGUAAGAUGUGGUACUGUUAUAGCAUCUGUGUACAUGAGUGCGUACUGCCAGCUGUUUUCUACACUGUCGAGGCUAUAGUUGUACUGGUCACACUGUACCUUAAAUGUGUUAUUCGUGUGCUAAUCAUUGUUAUCCUUGUGAAAUAACCCAGAAUUAUUUGCUUUAUACUUAUCAUUUGUGUACAUACCGCAUAAUUUUGUUUAUGAUUUAUGAAAAUAUGCAAUUUUUAUGCUGCUUCAAUGGCAUAGUAAAGAUACUUG